CCCAACCCCACUACGGCCUUCCCCCCAUGGCUCCCCUGGCCUCCCUUCCUCUCCCGCCCAGUACUGCCGUCACCGCUCGCUUCCUCGCCGCCCCCGCCAUCCGCGUGAUCAGCCCAUCGCGGCCCGCGCUGCCGCUCCUCUCAUCCGCCUCCGCAGGCGGCUUCCCUCACGCCUCUCGCGCUCCCUGCAGUGCCGCCCGCGAGCACCGCCGCGGCACCGUGCGGGAAUGCUCUCGAGCUGAUGCUGCUGGAGCAGCUCCAUUAUCAAAGACACUGUUAGACCUCAAGGAUUCCUGCUGGAGAUUUUUAAGGCCACAUACAAUCCGAGGAACUGCUUUAGGAUCCAUAGCAUUGGUUGCGAGAGCCUUGAUAGAGAAUUCCCAUCUGAUAAACUGGUGGUUGAUAUUCAAAGCAUUCUAUGGACUUGGGGCAUUGAUAUUUGGCAAUGGUUACAUAGUUGGGAUUAAUCAGAUCUAUGAUGUUGCUAUUGACAAGGUAAACAAGCCAUAUUUACCCAUUGCUGCUGGUGAUCUCUCAAUUCAGUCAGCAUGGUUGUUGGUGAUAUUAUUUGCAGCUGCAGGUUUUUCAAUUGUUAUAUCAAACUUUGGACCUUUCAUUACCUCUCUAUACUGCCUUGGCCUAUUUCUUGGCACUAUAUAUUCUGUUCCUCCAUUCAGACUGAAGAGAUAUCCGGUUGCUGCUUUUCUUAUCAUUGCAACGGUUCGUGGUUUCCUUCUCAACUUUGGCGUGUACUAUGCUACUAGGGCUGCACUAGGUCUUACAUUCCAAUGGAGCUCCCCUGUUGCUUUCAUUACAUGCUUCGUGACACUAUUUGCUUUGGUCAUUGCUAUAACCAAAGAUCUCCCUGAUGUUGAAGGAGAUCGCAAGUAUCAAAUAUCAACUUUGGCAACAAAGCUUGGUGUCAGAAAUAUUGCAUUCCUUGGAUCUGGUUUAUUAUUAGCAAACUAUAUUGCUGCUAUUGCUGUAGCUUUUACCAUGCCUCAGGAUUUCAGGUGCACUGUAAUGGUUCCUGUGCAUGCUGUCCUUGCUGGUGGUUUAAUUUUCCAGACAUGGGUUCUGGAGCAAGCGAAGUACAGAAAGGAUGCUAUUUCGCAGUACUAUCGGUUCAUCUGGAAUCUCUUCUAUGCUGAAUAUAUCUUCUUCCCGUUAAUAUAGAGAGAUCCUGUAGUUCAUCUUGAUCUUGGGCUACAGCCUAAUUCAUGGUGAAAAGAGGGAGAAGUUGGCAAAGUGAGGUCUGUUGUGCAUAUUUUCAACGGAAACAAUGGAGUAGCAAUAUUGCUAUGCUAGGGUUCUGAAGUUGUAGGAGCUUUUCUAAGCUUUUACGAUGUUGAAGGCGUUGUUGGAGCUGUGGAAGCUGUUUUCCUUUUUUUCCUUUUGUAUCAACAGUGUCGCGUUCUGUACGGUCUUACUUGGAAGUGCUUUGACCUUUGAGCACAUGAGUUGAAGCUUGAGAUCUGGUCCCGAACAGGUGGCGGUGGAACGGCCAAGACAAGCUUGUUUCAUGCCACUCGAGGUCGAGGCUAAACCACUACGGCGUGCUCUUCCAUGAAACGCAGAAAACUAAGGAAAUGGCUAUAUAUAUGGUGCAAUACGUUGUAUAUUUUCUGAGUUUCAGCUCGUAUAUAUAGUAGGAACCUCAACUUUUACCCCAUCGAUUGGAAGACUGAAACUUCUUGCAUGCGUAUGUAUGCCUGUGGGUAUGUAAAAACCUUGGCCCGC